AUGGAGCCUGUGGCGUCAAUGUCAGGGGAAUGGAGCUCCUUCAGCGGAAUGUGUUUAACUGACGAGGCUGAUUUUAUGGCACAGUUACUUGGUAACUGUUCGCUUCCAAAUGAACUACCAUCCACUUAUUGGACUGGUCAUGAAUCAACCAUGAACAUGGGAGGAGCAAGAGAAGUUUCUGUGUAUUCUUCAAAUGACACUAACAAUAGUAUGCACACUGAUGAUAGUAGCUUUCUUUUUUUCCCUCCGAGUCAUGAAAAUUACUAUCCAAGUCAUUCCCGGCCUAUCUUGAUGAGAAAUGAUAGUUCAAUAACAAUGGAACAUGGUCUGGUGGAUACUAAUAAUCCAAGUGAAGUGGAUGACUUCCUUAACCAAGAUGUGAGCAAUGACAGCAUGGAGUUUGAUGAAAACAUGCCUGAAGCUGCUCUUGAUGGAAAAGGCUUGCAGCUAGGAAGAACAGAUUAUGAACAAUUUUCGGAAGACAAAAUGGGUUCAUCAGAAAGCUCUAAGAAAAGAUCACGGCUGCAUGGGCUUGAGCAUGUAAGUAUCAUUCAUGAACUUUGA